AGUGUUUCCACUUGUUACAUUUUGGCUUGCCCACUGCCACGCUGAUUGACUGCCCAUUGACCCCUCCGAAGUCGAAGGCUCCAGGAUCCCUCUCCAAAGUUUCGUCAUUACCUCAGCUCGCAGGUACAUUCUUUAUUUGACCCCCUCCCUUCCCCCCCCCUCCAAUUGGAAAUCCCUCUUCGUUGAGUAAUCUCAUCUUUUCCAACUUAUUUAUCUUGCCUUUUGCUUCUUGUUCUUCCAAACAACCAAACGCUUGAGAAAUCGUAAACCAAGAUACCCUACAAAAGCCUACAAGAUGUCUGGACCUGUCGCUGAUAUCGGCCUCAUCGGCCUGGCCGUCAUGGGUCAGAACUUGAUCCUCAACAUGGCCGACCAUGGCUUCACCGUCUGCGCCUUCAACCGUACCGUUUCCAAGGUCGACCACUUCCUUGCCAACGAGGCCAAGGGCAAGUCGAUCGUUGGUGCCAAGUCCACCGAGGAGUUUGUCUCCAAGCUCAAGUCCCCCCGCCGCAUCAUGCUCCUCGUCCAGGCCGGCAAGCCCGUCGAUGACUGGAUCGAGACUCUCCUCCCCCUCCUCGAGAAGGGCGACAUCAUCAUUGAUGGCGGUAACUCUCACUUCCCCGACAGCAACCGCAGGACAAAGUACCUUGCCUCCAAGGGCCUCCACUUCGUUGGUUCCGGUGUCUCUGGUGGUGAGGAGGGUGCCCGCUACGGCCCUUCGCUGAUGCCCGGUGGUGACGAGGCUGCCUGGCCUCACAUCAAGGACAUCUUCCAGUCCAUUGCUGCCAAGAGCGAUGGCGAGGCCUGCUGCGAGUGGGUCGGUGACGAGGGUGCUGGCCACUACGUCAAGAUGGUCCACAACGGCAUUGAGUACGGUGACAUGCAGCUCAUCUGCGAGGCCUACGACAUCAUGAAGCGCGGUCUCGGCCUCUCCCACAAGGAGAUGGGCGAUGUGUUUGCCAAGUGGAACAAGGGCGUUCUCGACUCGUUCCUGAUUGAGAUCACCAGGGAUAUCAUGUACUUCAACGACGAUGAUGGCACUCCUCUCGUCGAGAAGAUUCUCGACAAGGCUGGCCAGAAGGGUACCGGCAAGUGGACUGCUGUCAACGCCCUUGACCUGGGCAUGCCUGUCACCCUCAUCGCCGAGGCUGUCCUUGCUCGCUGCCUGUCUGGCAUCAAGGAGGAGCGUGUCAAGGCCUCCACCAAGCUCGAGUUCGUUGGCCGUGCCAACAAGUUCGAGGGUGAUAAGGAGCAGUUUUUGGAGGACCUCGAGCAGGCUCUCUAUGCUUCCAAGAUCAUCUCUUAUGCCCAGGGCUUCAUGCUCAUGCAGGAGGCUGCUAAGGAGUACGGCUGGAAGCUCAACAAGCCUUCCAUUGCCCUCAUGUGGCGCGGCGGUUGCAUUAUCCGCUCCGUCUUCCUGAAGGACAUCACCGCUGCUUACCGCAAGAACCCCGACCUCGAGAACCUUUUGUUCGACGACUUCUUCAACAAGGCCAUCCACAAGGCCCAGCCCGGCUGGCGUGAUGUCGUUGCCAAGGCUGCUCUCCUUGGUCUUCCCACUCCCGCUUUCUCCACUGCCCUGUCGUGGUUCGAUGGCUACCGCACCAAGGACCUCCCCGCGAACCUGCUCCAGGCUCAGCGCGACUACUUCGGCGCCCACACCUUCCUGGUCAAGCCCGAGUACGCCAGCGAGAAGUACCCCGAGGGCAAGUACAUCCACGUCAACUGGACUGGCCGCGGCGGCAACGUCUCCGCUUCCACCUACCAGGCGUAAAGAGAGUACGGUAUGGAAUGAACACGAUAUGUUGGUGAGGAGACGGUCUAGACAUUGGGAACGGUUGCUUCAAUGUUUUGGCAACUAACGAAAGGGUAAACACGCAAGAUGCAUCAGCCAAGAUGCCGAUUUAUGGUAUGAACUGGAAUUAAAAAGUGGUACUUUAGCAUGAACUGGAAUUCGAAUUUUUUCUCCCA